AUGAUGCAGGGGUUCCUAUCAUUUCUUCACGGUGUGAUUUCGAGUGUACUGUCUCUGGUUUAUGGUCAGCCUGAGGUCGACAAGCUGACCAGCGAGGAUGACCAGUUGACCGGCAAGUACAAACAUCGGCAUGUUCAAGCAUUGCUUGCAUCGACCGAUGUGAAGAAUGAUCAUUGGAUGGCAGUCGAGUUUGCUGCCCUCCAUGCAUUGCUUCCUUGCAACGCAGAAACAUCUAGGUGGUAUUGUCCACGCCCCAUCCGGCCUGAUGGCUCUUCCAAGCAGGCCGACGAUGCUGUUGGCGACAUUCUAACCGAGUCGGGCCCAUUUGAAACUGUCUUGUUCGAUUCAUCUCCUGGUGGCAUUGCAAGGUCCUUUCGGGAUGGGUUAGUGCAGGCUGGGAGGGACCUCAGUUCAGAGGACAUGCUUGUGGUUGCUCUGAUAGGUGCUCGGCCGUGGGGUUCAUCAUAUAAGCUCUCCCCAGAAGGGCAAGACAUCUUUUCUGCAGGGGAAUUCAGAGCUAGGUUCGAGAAUUUCAAGUGCAAGAUCGUUUUCAUCAUUCCAUGUGGUGAUGCAGGACAUUGGAGGAGACCCAGGUGGACGGUUCUUACAGCGGCGGAAUCAACUGGGGAGCCUCGCGUAUUUACAGAUAUCUAUCGGGAACUGCGUGGAUAG